AUGUCGGAGUCGAAGGCGCCGUUGCGAAGGCGGCGAUCGAAGUUGAAGCCAGGGAUGUGUCUCAAGGCUUUUCGGUUGGAGUGCGAACGGGACGCAAGGGGAACCGUGAACGUCGAGGCGCACGAAGUCCACACAGUGAUUGGUGAAGACGACAAGUUUUCGGAGUCGUACAUCAACCCGGACGACGGCUUCUUUCGCCGAGAUCCGCUGUCGUACGAAAGGAGGAGGAUAUACGAACGGUCGUCGUUCAACAUACAACCGCCACGUCAGCGCUUGAAGGCCCUCGAGACGGAAACUGACGCGCAAAUCAUCCACGUCAGCGACGAGCCACUCGAACCCAAGAGGUUUCCCCCAUUGAGAAAGACUCCGGGUGAGGGGUUCCGUGAAACAAACGCCACCGAGGUGAUAUUCGGGGUUGAUCCCAGCCACGGAUGCCCUCGCCCAUGGGUGACUCCGGUGGCCUUCCGCCUGAUCAAGGAAGUUUGGGAGCAGGUGACCAAUGCCGGGGGCGUGUUCACGGCGGACUACGACUUGAGCAAGUCUGGCUGGGCUAUGUUCCACACAAUUUACAUCUGUCCGGCGCCGGGCACGGCGAUGUACGUGCAGGCAUUCAGAGUGGAGCCAAAGACGGUCCAGUGUUGCAGCUCCGGGUGGAACCACGUGGACAGGCCGUUGUUUCGCUCUGGAGGGAGAUUGUUCAAUGCGGACUUUUCGCCCAUCAACGUGGACGUCCUAGACCCGGUGGUUUUCAAACCCAUCCGGCGACUCCUAAACAAUCCACCGGCUCUGACCGCUAAUGCCGACGCGGCGUGGGUGUAG